AUGGGGAAGGCGGACAAUAUCAAGCCCCAACGCUCCGACAGGAGCCUGAUAUUAGAGCAUUUGGUCGGUGGUCACAAACAGGGCGGAGAAAUUGGCGCGGAGUAUUUGGCAGCCGAGUCCGUGAGGGCGAGCGCGUCGUAUAACCACAGCACGAUUGAUCAGUGUCGAGGUUGGAGAUUGAAAUUCAGGAUGUUGCUCGUCUUGUGUUUCUUGGAGAGUGGGGAUGUGCGAGAAUUACUGGGUGGCAUGAGGCGGGUGGCUAGCCAGGGGGUGCGGGCAGAGGGUUCGCCAAUGCACGUCGUCAAACCAGGACGAUCGGAUCUACGCUUAGGAACGCGACGACGCGCACUGUUAGCCACUCCCGAGGAGCGUUUCCACUGUCGAAUCACGGAAACAUCGGAGAACUUCGUCUGUGAUUCUGUUCUGGAUCACGAUGGCCUCAAGACUGCCGCAUCUUUCACCGUCUUCUGCCCCUACUGCGUGCCUCUUGCCGGCAGAUAUGCCUCGCUCUCUCUACUCCAAAUGAAAGCACCUCGCUGGCUUUUCCGGCCAGCCAGAGGCCGGCUCAUUCCCAAGCGGAUUGACCAAGAGGUAGGCAUUUCCCCAGAAGUCACUCUUUUUCUCUGUGCUGUGCCUUCUUCUCACGACAAUUCUUUGGAGGCUUUGUUAUUCGUGUUUCUUUUCUUACGGCAUCUGCGGAUACGCGCCUCUAUGGCUUUUAAGGUUGUCGUCAUGUUCUUUCUCUUAACACAUCUCGUUUGUUGCACUUCUCCCAAUUAUCUAGGCUCUCUUCUGACCAUUUUAAUUAACAAUGAGCUCCUCGGUCCCGAAAGCCCCUCCGCAGAUUCCAGGACUAUCCUCCUCACGCCCCAAUCUGGAGUUGCUGUAGCUAGCGCGUACGCGACACUGGGAGAACAAUUGUAG